AUGAUGUCCGGCGGGAGCUACACGACUAUCGACAGCCAGAAAGUCUCUGGAUCUGUACCUUCUGUUCCAGAUCCAAGCCAUACCACCGUCAAAUUCGCAGAAUCAAAUCUACAAACCUUUCCUCCAUCUGCUACUCAGGGGAAGAUCUCUGGUGGUAGUAAUCCCCCUCGAGAUGCUGACGAUACAUUCUCUGGGCAUGGCAAUGGUAGUACAGAUGAACCUCAGUCUGGUGGCUGGCUCCAUAAAUUCACUGUUGGUGCGUACAAGCCAUUCUUUGAUGUCGACACUUCGGAUGUCGUAGAGAGGCUCAAAGAAUCUCUCUUCCCAUUCCGUGGAACAUUUACAGAGAAGACAGCUGAUAAGCCUGACUUGUAUGGUCCAUUCUGGAUAUGCACAACCUUGAUAUUCGUGGCAGCCUCUAUCGGCACAUUCGUCACGUACAUAGCACACAAGUGGAAGCAACAAGAAUGGAACUACGACAUUAAUCUGGUGACAUGGUCUGCAGGAGUGUUCUAUGGCUAUGUCACGAUUGUUCCCUUGGCGUUAUAUGUCGUUCUCAAAUACUUCUCUGCACCAUCAGGCCUAGUCCAGCUCUUCUGUCUCUACGGCUACUCCCUGUUCAUCUUUAUCCCUGCACUGGUACCAAAGUUGCUCCUUCUGAGAAUUCUUAAUUCAUAUUCAAAACAUCUAAAAACGAUGAAGACUUUGACAUGUAUAUCUGUUUCCGACUCUGCAGUGCCUCUCGGUCGUGCCAGUGGAGAUCUUCAGAUGGGUUAUCGCGGGUGUAGCCGGGUUCAUGUCUGCGACGUUUGUGGCUUUGAACCUGAAAGCGCAUAUCAACUCGGCGGGAGAAAGAUCGAUCCUGAUCAUCGCCAGUAUCUUUCUUUUGCAGCUCGGGCUUGCGGUUGUGCUCAAGCUCUACCUCUUCACUGUCACCGUAUGAUUCAUAAAAGUUUUUAG